UAGGACGAAAAAAUAUCUUAGACCCAGAGAUUAAUUCAGGUUAAUCGUAGAGAGCAAUAGAGAGCAUCGUAGGGAGCACUAGGGAGCAAGGAAUCGACGAGAAAUAGAUCAAUCGGAACAAGAAAUCGGGAUCCCAUUCCAGCGAUUCAAGAGAGUUUGCCAGGGAGAGAUCUCGAUGGUAUUCCGCGAGGAUGACGUAACCUGACGAAAAAAGACGUGAACAGUCUUCGCGCUGAGCGAGUCACCCGAGCUCGAGCGACUUGUCUUUAGGUUAUGUCGCCAUCGCACAGCCACCUUUGUCGUCGAGGGGACUCUCAGAAUCUUAAAUUUCAAAUUGGUUGACUGACAUUUGUCUUAUCAAAAUAUGCCGUGACUUUUGGAUCAUUCUACAUCUAUUUGGCUAUUUUAUUAAUAGAGAGAAGAUAGUAUUGCAGUGCGAAAGCCAUAGAAUUUGAUCGAAAGAAAGCAAAAAAACAAAACAGACACUAAAAUGGUUUUUGAAUCAAUCAUUGCGGAGCUCCUCAACAAGGUGAUCGGCGAGUACAUUGAGAACUUGGACUAUACGCAGCUUAAAGUCAGUCUCUGGGGAGGAGAUCUUGUAUUAAAUGAUUUGUUAAUAAAAGAAUCUGCGUUAGAUGUGCUAGAUCUUCCAGUAAGAUUGGAAUAUGGCCGUUUAGGAAAAUUGAUACUAAAGAUUCCGUUUAAAGAUAUGUGGAAUGGCCAGAUUGACGCUAUAGUCGAGGAGUUGUUCAUACUGGUAGUGCCUACGAGUCAGAUUAGAUACAAUGAAGAGAAAGAAACCAAAGCGCAAUUGGAAGCCAAACGGGCGGAACUCGAGAGAGUGGAGAAGAGAAAGCAGUUAGCAGACAUAAAAUCACAAGAGAAACUGGACGAUUCGAUGGUCGAGAAGCUAGUCGCGCGUAUGAUAAAAAAUAUUCAUAUAGAAAUCAAGAGGAUCCACGUGCGAUACGAGGAUCACGUUACCUUUAAGGAACAUCCGUUUUCCGUCGGUUUCACCUUGAAUACCUUUGUCCUGGAGAGUUGUACAGACUCGUGGGAGACGACAGGCAAUCUGAAGGACAUGUACGCCAUUCCGCAGAUCUUCAAGCUGUGCAGCCUGGACGGGCUGGCAGUCUAUCUCAACACGAGCGUGGAGCAGUACAGCAAGAGCCCACAAUCCUCGUAUUCCAAUCUCUUCUGUCAAGGUAUCGCGACCAUGGACUAUAUCCCGACGAGUUACCAAUACCUGCUAGGGCCGAUCAACGUCAAGUCCAAGCUCAGACUUAAUCCCAAGCCUGAGUCCGACGAUAGCAAUUAUACCAUUCCUAAGGUAUGGCUAGAUUUGGAGAUGCAGAAAUUGCGAAUUGGCUUGACGAAGCGGCAGUAUCAAACUUUGGUACGGCUGGGCGAAGGCCUGGAUCAAGCGCGAAAAGCCGCGCCAUACCGGAGGUAUCGGCCGAAUCUGACGUCGUAUCGCGGUCAUUACAAGGAGUGGUGGCAUUUUGCGUACACUUGCGUCCUCGAGGAGACCGUGCGACGCUGUCGUCGCAACUGGGACUGGACUCACAUGAAAGGACAUCGCGAUACUUGUCGCGAUUAUGCCCAAGCCUAUCAGACAAAGCUGACGACGAAGAAGCCGGCGAAGGAGAUCGCAGAGAGGUUAACGCAUGGUGAGAUGAAAUUGGACAUCUUUAAUCUGGUAAUCAUCCGGCAACAGAUCGAGAUGGAGGUAGAAAGACUGGCGGAGCGGGAGAAGAGUCUAAAGGCAAAGCGAGGCUGGUUUGGUUUUCUGUGGAACAGUUCACAGGCUGAGGAAACGAAAGAACUCAACUCAGCCGCGGCCAUUAUGCGCAGAUUCGAGGAGGCAAUGACUCCGCAGGAGAAGGAGAAGCUUUACCGGGCGAUCGACUAUCAGGAGAACAGCGCGCCCGCACACUAUCCGGAAACAUACGAGAUGAUCGAUACACGUUUCUUUCUGCACGGUCUACAGAUUUCUCUGCUAGACACAGACAAGGAGCAUUCGUGCGUCUUGGAUCUGCAGCUGCACGGCGUGCGAGCGGGUUUCAAGUCGCGGCCGUCCGCAAACGCGAUUCUCGUCACCGCUUCCAUCAGCGACAUGAAGCUGCUGGGCGUGACGCAAGACGGCCGUGUGCCCUCGCUUUUCAACUCGGAACAUGGCAGCUCCGACAGCGACUUACUGUCGGUUUCUUACGAGAAAAAUCCAAUCGACAAGCUGUGUGGCGAUCGCGUCGUCGUUAAGUCCCGAUCCGUGGACAUCAUCUAUGACGCCCAAACCAUCAUAGAACUGGUCAACUUGUUUAAGGUGCAAGAUUCUUUGACGCUAAACCAGCUUCAGACAGCAGCAGCGGAGCAGUUGGAAGGCUUGAAGGAAAUGUCGGCGCUUGGGCUAGAGCAUGCCAUACAGAAACAUUCGAUCUUGGAUAUACAAGUGGACAUGCAGGCCUCGCAACUUAUCAUACCACACGGUGGCCUCUACGAAGAUUCGAAGGCGCUGAUCGUCGUAAAUCUGGGUAGUCUAAAGAUGCAUUCCUUGGAGAAAGGCAAAAGCGACAUGGCUGGCGCCAGCGUUAAACAGCUGGUUAGCAUGGGCAAGAGCGAGGAAGAAGUGCUACUAUACUUGAGGGAGCAUAGUUAUGACAAAUUCGUUUUGGAGAUAGUUAACUUUCAGGUGCUAGUCUCAUUACCGAACGAAGAAUGGCGAUCAGCUCUUGCAAGCCCCGAGAGUUCUCUGACGUUGCUUCAUCCAACCACAUUAGAAAUUCAGUUCCAUAAGGGCUUGGUGACGGACGAUCCUCUAUUGCCGAAACUCCGGCUUCUCGGUCGCCUACCGUCAGUUACCGUGAACAUAACAGAUGUUCGGUUGCUGCAGGCGCUUUCCAUCGCGCAGAGCAUUCCGCUGCCCGAAGAGGAAAGAACCGCGGAGCUGCAUCGAACGUCUCUCUCCAAAUCCAUCUCGCAGCUGUCGCUGAAGGACCUCGGCACCACGAUAUCCAGUAUCGCCGAUAAGAGGAAGCAGCAACAGCAAGAAGCUACGUCCGCGCCAAUGAAGCAGACCACCGAUCUGGAGAUAAGAUUCGAGAUGAAGGAGUUUACGCUGUCGGUGUCUAGACAACGAGACGACAGCGCGGAAUCGUCGGAAUUUGUCAGAUUCCAGGUACUGCAGUUGGAGGCGGAAAUGCUGCAGCGCACGUAUGAUCAGGAAGUGCAGCUGCGACUGGGUGGCGUGCAGAUGCGACAGCUGCACGAGGAUCAGGAGAUUUACAUUGUCAACACCCCGAUGUCGGCCGGCAGAGACGAGUAUCUGAUUGUCGUGCGGUACAUAAAUGUGAAUAAACGCUCGCCGGAAUUCAUCACGCGACACGGUUCUGUCGUGAAACUACUGUUACUGGAAUUCACCUCGCUGGACACGCUGUUGCAUCAGGAGGCGCUCAUUGAGCUGCUACGGUUUAGCACAUACAUACAAGACCGAAUGAGCUCGCUCGAAGGUGUUCAAAAGAAGGAAGUAGAACGUCUUCGACCUACUCACUUGGCUUCCAUCCAGGAAGAGACCUCCGGUUUCCUCAGGGAACAGCUGCAGAGGCAAAGAUUGAGAUCUACUGGACGACGUAGAAGACAGACGGUCGAGUGCAUCGAUUUAAAGGUAAACGCCAAAAUCGGGUCGAUCAAUCUAAAAAUCUCCAGCGCUGUCCGGGAUAUUAGCGCGCUCUACAUCGAGGGUGUCAGCGCCAGUUUCCUCAGCAAGUCUUCGUACUCGCAAGUGAACGCUGAUCUGGCUUCCAUCAGUAUUAAAGAUCUUAAUCCUGUUUCGGUAUACAAAGACAUUGUGGCUGUAGAGGGUACCGAAUCUUUGCAGAUUCAAGCGGUGAUGUAUAAUAUCGAACCGUGGGAGGUAAACAAGAACAACAUGUCCGUCAAGGUGACGAUGGGUUGCCAUCGUAUCGUCUUUCUGAAUGCGUUUGUCACUAGCGUGAUGAAUUUCCUGAACAACUUUCAAACAGCGCAGAAAGCUAUCAAAGACGCGUCGGCUGCAGCGGCGGAAGCCGCGAGGACGAACAUCAAGGAUGUUCAAGAAAGUGCCUCUCGCAUCGAGCUGUGUGUCAAGAUCAAGGCUCCCGUCGUAUAUGUGCCGAUGAACUCCAAGAGCGAGCACAGUUUAAUGCUGGAUAUGGGCAACCUUAUGGUGUGCAACGUCUUCAAGAAAUUGGAGGCGACAAAUGAGGAGACCGGCGAAUGUCCCAUAGUGGACGAGAUGAAGAUCGAACUGCAGAAUUUGAAGCUGUCGCGAGUCCGACUGAAUACGGAGAAAUUUAUCAGCGAGAACGAAGUACUUCUGUUAGAGCCGGUAACGUUUACGCUGCUAAUGAAGCGCAAUCUGUCAACCGCCUGGUUCACCGCCAUUCCGGACAUUGAUAUGUCCGGCAGAUUGAACAAAAUCAAUUUGCUGUUGAGCAAAGAGGAUUAUGCUACUAUUCUGAAGGUACUAGAGCAGAAUUUGGGCGAGACCUUCGAAGAUCCGAAAUCUGUGCAAGUUGCACCAUCUGCUGUGAAAUUUGAAUGCAACGAAGAGCUGCAGAUUCAGCCGGCGUACAAAUACGAAGUCGACACAUCGCAAGAACCGCCGUCGGCGGAUACACAGGAGCGGCACACCCACACGUUCGUGAAAUUCGAGUUCAUCAUGGACAGCCUGGUAAUCAAUUUGUUUACCGGUGGCUCCAAGCUACUGCAGUCGCAGACGUCGCCGCUGCACCUGCCCGAGAACGGACUAGCGCGCUUUAGUCUCACGCACUUUGCCGUGAAAGGUCGCGUGUUCGCGGAUGGACUGCUAGCCACGUCAAUCUUGCUGAUGAACUGUACACUGGACGACACGCGGCGGAGACGGGAAGGCUCUCUGACGCGGAUCAUGGAGAGGACCAGCAGUGUGCCGAGCGGCGAGGAUCAUCUCGACAAGGAGCAUACCAAGUACAAUGUUAGGAGCAUGUUGGACGUAACGGUGCGCCAAAGUCCGAACGAUACGUUUGCCGACGUGCGGGUAUUCUCCUUUAGCAUAAUUGUGUCCCUCGACUAUCUCAUGAAGAUUAAGGAUUUUUUCGAUGUGGAUACCGCGGGCAAGACCGCCGCCACUUCUCUGCAGUCUUCGUCGAGAGGCGAAUCGGUGGUACCGCCAAAGAAAAAACAUCCGACGCAACAGCAGCCGGUCGCUUCGACGUCCAAAAUGUUAACCGUGAAUCUGCAUGUGGAAAAACCAGACAUUAUCUUACUCGAGGACAUGGACGACAUCAACUCGAAUUGCAUAAUAUUGAACACGGAGCUGUUGUUGAAAAUGCGCAUUAUGGGAGAACAUCAGGUGAUCACGGGAUCCAUUAAGGAUUUCUCUCUUCUCACGGGGAUAUACAAUCCUACGAAAAGAGCCGAUUGGAUCUAUCAGGUCCUGAGACCAUGCAGCAUUAGCGUUGCCGGUUCCACGCCGGAGGGCAAAGGGCUUCACUUGGACAUCUGUUGUACAGAUAUACACAUGUCUGUUUCGCCAGGUGUGAUCGAAAUAUUGAAUAAGGUUGUUCACACGGUGACAAAGAAGGAAGAGGAGAACAAGGAAGUCGUUAAGCCCGAGCCUAAUUACGAAGGAUUGUGGAUCGUCACGCCCUUUGAGGAGAAUGAUUAUUGGUUCCUAAAGACAGAAGUUGCGAUGGAAGCUUUUGAAGAGUUCACAUAUUCAGACGACGAGGUUGCGACUGUUUAUAAAUCCGAAUUAGCAAUCAUCUCGGCUCCGACAAUCUUGUUUACUCUGGAGGCAGGUGUCGGGAACAAAACUUUGCCCAUGUUGCUGCUUCACGUGGGUUUCCAAAGCAACGUCAACGAUUGGAGUACGAAAACGAUGGGCAUUGAUUGUACGAUGUCUGUAAUUAUGGCAUAUUAUAACAGUCGCUUAGCACUGUGGGAACCGUUAAUUGAGCCGAUAGAAGGCUCCAAUAAUGGUAAACGCGUCUCCACACCAUGGGAGCUAAAGACGAAGAUUCAAUUUAACGAUAUACUACUGGACUCGAGAGGCGCCAGCGCGGUUAGUCCCACUUCGGACAGCGAGCUCGACGAGCUACCAAAUCAGUCCACCAAGAUGUCCAUUGACAUUACAUCUGCUGAUAAUCUGGAGAUAACUGUGACGAAGACGUGUCUGGAUGUACUGAAGCAACUUGGUCAAUCGUUUUCCUCGGCUAUGGAGGCCAGUGGAAAAGGAUCUACCAGGAAGGUGGCGCCGUACGUGCUAAAGAACGAGACUGGUCUGGCAAUGAUACUUGAUCUGGAGCAUAGUCUUUUCAAGAUAUUUGACGAUGGAUCAAGAAUACGGAAUGACAGCGAUUCGUACAUGGAGGUGAUUCUUGAGACCGGCGCGUCAAUCGAGUUGGCGCCGAAGACAUCCAAGCUGGACGCGCGUCUUCUCGAGCAGUUGAAAGCGGAAACCGUGAAGGACAGGGACGACAGUAAAUUUGCCGUUUCUUUUAAAGGUAUCCAAGGCAAAUUGGCGAUACCUGUUCUGAAAGCGGACAAGAGAUUCUUCUCUUUGAAGUAUCGCAAAGAGGGCUCCGAGGAAUGGGGCAUCGUAUCGGAUGUCGUUGUGGAAGAAGGUAGCACGAUCGUCACUCUUAGAAGUAUACUUCAGGUCCACAAUCACUUCGCGCAACCGAUAGCAGUUUAUUAUAUGACGAAGCGCGGAAACGAGGUCGAGUGCGUGGGUACGGUGGCACCGGAUGAGAAGCUCAACUUACCCCUCGAUACCGUGUACACCCCGACUAACAUCUAUUGGCUCUUCUUCAGUGUUGAAGGAUAUAUGGUGUCGGUUGAGCCAUUCAUCUGGAAGGACCUGCAGAAAACGGUUUCCAUGACAAGGCUAUUGAAAUGCGAACCUCGAUCUAAGCAGGACGUUACAGAACCAUUUUAUAUUCAGGCCAUGGGAGAGAUCGAGCAGGUAUAUUUCGAGAAUACUACUCGUCACACCAUGGCUAGUACCAUCUACAACGUACACCUAUAUCCGUCCGUGUAUCUGAAAAACUUUCUGCCGAUCGACAUUAUCAUCUCCUUGCCAGGCACCGCUCAGGAGAGUUUACUCGAGGCCAGCGCUUCCUUGCAGCUGCCCACAAUCGAUCCAGUCAAAUCGAGUAUAAUUAUCAAGCUACCGAAUUACCUGGAAAAAGACUGGUCAUGCAGAGGCGAGAUCGUGGCGAACCCACCCGAGUUCGCGGUCUGGUCGUUCGAGUCCUUCGACAGCGCGCAGAAAGUUACACUGGAUCUCGGAAUGCACACGGCCUACAAACACGGCUCGAUCGUCAUGGCACUGUAUUGUCCCUUCUGGAUGCUGAACAAAACCGGCCUGAUGUUAUCUUACAGAAAGUCGAGUAAGGGUGGCAAAGAGCAUUCGAGUCCGAUCAAGACAACGGACGAUUACUUGAACGUCCUGUACCAUCCGGAGCACUUUAAGGGGCCCAUUCUAUUCUCAUUCCGUUCCAAGGCUUUCUUUGGUAAAAAGAAGGCCAUGAUCAGAGUGGAAGAUGGAGAGUGGUCCGACAAAUUCUCGAUCGACGUCGCGGGCAGCGAGGGUGUGGUGGCGUGCAAAUACAACGGAAUAACAUAUCAGAUCGGGGUGCACAAUCAGCUGACAUACAACUCGCUGACCAAGCAAAUCACGUUCACACCCUACUACAUACUCAUCAACAAUGCGGAUUUCCUCAUAGAAUGCCAAGAGGGCGAUCGUCCGGCGGAUCCUAUGAUCAAGGUGUCUGCCGGCGAAUGCGCAGCUUUAUGGCCUCGAAUCGAGCAUGAGAACAAAACUUUGAGGGCCAAAGUUGCCGGUCAACCCGAAAAAACCGCAGCGUUCAUUUAUACUGACAGCCAUACAACUCUAUUGAAAUUGGAUAAUAAGUACGGAGGGAUCAAUGUGGAUGUGCAAAUCAGCGAAGGCGGUGUCUACAUCUCCCUGUCGGCAUAUAGUUCAGGCAACGCACCGGCUCUGAUCAUCAAUCAUACUCCACAUACCAUCAAUUUCUGGGAGAAGGGCUCGAUCAAUGUCAGGUCCGUGCAGUCGUACAACAGGAUGUUUUACACCUGGGAAAAUCCGGCCGGUCCGCGAAAACUCGUCUGGGAAGAUAACAACGGCAAAGAGUUUGAAGACAAUCUUCGUAAGGAUAAUCUCGGUGCCUUCCAAUUGCCGGAUGUAAACGAGGAACUGUUCCACGUGUCGUUUCUAGACGGCAUUCAGCGAGUGCUUCUGUUCACCAUGAAUUUAAAGAUCGCCGAGGAUUGUCAACUGGCUGGUGAUCUCGAAGUGAUUGAUCAGGAAAUCAUGUUGAACAUUCACGGCAUUGGGUUUUCUCUUGUGAACAAUAUCACCAAAUACGAGUUGUUGUACAUGUGCAUCGCUAGUUCUGGAAUUAUAUGGGAGACCCGCAAGUCCCUCGGCGGCCGAUGGCGAGCGUUAAACGCCAAGGAAGUUAAUGCUAUCGAAGAGGGAUAUCAGCGAUACAUUAAGGAAUUACAGAUUGGCAAGGACGCAGACUAUCGAUUGAUGCUAGAGCCGAAAUUAAUGGUGGAUUAUCUGAACAUGGAGAUGCUGAAGCCACAUCGUAGGUACAUGCGACGUACCUUUCAGACUGGAUUUUGGCUACAAUACCGUACCUCGGCGCAUCAGGUACAGUUGCACGCAAAAAUCAACAGGCUGCAGAUCGACAAUCAAUUGUCGGAGUGCGUUUUCCCGGUUAUAUUGGCUCCGGUUCCACCGCCAAAGAGCGUAACGCAGAGCACAGUAUUAAUCUCAUAA